CUACUAUCCUGAUAAAUUGUAAUAUUUGCUGACAGAUGACAGCUGAAAAAGAGGUCAAAUUGAGAACGUAGUUGAUAUAUUGACGAGAUUGAUGGUGGGAUUGUAAACAAGAUAUUAAUAAAUGCAAUAUUAAUUAUUUUGUGUAUAAACAUGUCCUUGGUCCCAGAUUAUGAUUCAUCAAGUUCUAGCUCGUCUAGUUCUUCAAUUAGUGAUUCGGAAGGAGAAAAUAUCUGUCAUAUGUUUUAGCCAAAUAAAGAAAUCGCAAGUUAACAUCAAAACUAAACUACCUACACCUACUUUUGGAGCCUCUAAUGAUUCACAAAAUGAAUUAUCAAAGACUUCGGUUUUCAAAAACCCAUUUGUAGAAGCAGAAAAUGCAAAAGAAGCCAUUUUGGAAAAGCAUGUGAAAAUGGUAGAUGCAAAAGACAAUACGGUUAUUAUAAACGGCAAGAAAAUUUGUUGGAAUUAUAGAAAAGGCAGAUGUAGAUUUGGACAUAAAUGUAAAUACGCACAUGAUUCAGAUAUCCAAAAGACAAAAGACCAAAUAGAGGUUGAAAAAGCAGUUACAAUUAAUAAUUCCAUUGUUUGUGAAAAUAUUCUCAGUGGAAUGAAAUCAAAACCUGUUAAAACAACUGAUGAAAGAUCUGACAAUGAAGAAGGAAAUACAAAGAAUAAACAGAAAAGGAAGAGACCAGGAUUAACACAAGGAUUAAUCCCUGGUAAAAAAAUUAUGAAACAGUAUUUAGAUCAAAAGACUUAGUGCAAAAUUGAGAUUAAAUUAUUAUCAAGUACAAAUUUUAAAGUCUAUAAGAUACAAGCACUUUGAUGGCUUAAAAAAUGGAGAUUGUGUUCUACUGUAAAUAAAUAUCAAUCAAGUA